AGAGCACAAAACCCUAAGAGAACUUCGUCUAAAGUAAAAAUACAGCUGUACGCAAGCGAUCCCAAAGAUUGUCUAAUAUUCAAUUACAAGUUCACCGCUCAGGUAGAGAAACAUCUUGUGAUUGGAACCGUUUGGGAAGUGCAGUUCACAGACGAAGGUUUUCAUAUCGAUUUAAACCAAGAGCUCAACGAAGAAUGUCUCGAGCGUACAAGGGGGGUUGAAGAAAGGGACAUGACUGAUGUGGAUGAAGAAGAACUUGAAGAGGAACAAGAUCCUCGGGUCAGAACAACCUCUUCUGGAAAAAUUCUAAAGCUUCCAAACCGUUUUAAAACACGACCCAAUUAA